AUGGUUGAAUGUUUCGCGGAGACUAGUGAAGAUCGUCUAGAAAAACUAGUUGAGAAGCUAAACCGUGAAUGUCGACUUGAAAAUAAUCUAUAUUUUCUUGAUCAAGAUUUCCCCAUAUUAAUUGGCAGAUCCUUAAGAAAUCACUUGGCUCAUCAUAAUGACAUCGUUGAUGCAAUUGCUUCGCCCUCAAAGUUCCUGGUUUUGAAUGCUAAGAAACUGAUUGAAGACGACGUCAUUCAAAAUCUGUGUAAAAUUGGAAGAUUCAUUGCAGAUGACCCUUUACGAUUGAAAAUAAACCGAGAUAAAGAUAUCAUGACUGUGGAUGAUCAAGAGAAAAUGUUCAAUGCUUUAGAGACGGGUAACCUAGAAAUGUUUCAGUACUACCUAAAACAAGGGGCAGAUACACGUGGGAGAGACAUACAUUCAUGGACCGCUUUGCAUUUUGCAGUCAAAGGUUCUACUCUGGAAACCGUGAAAUUACUUAUUGAUAAUGGUGCUGAUGUUCACGCUGUUGAUUGUAAAGGACAAACGAUGUUACAUAUUGCUGCAAGAUAUGGAAGAGAAAAUGUGAUGGAAUAUUUGAUAAAAAAUGCUAGCUUACAUAUUAAUUCGUCUGAUAGUUACGGAAAAACGGCACUACAUAUCGCAGCUGAAAAUGGCUAUCUGCAUAUCGUUAAAAUUUUACUGAAAAACAAAGCUAACUUUUCUGCCAGAGAUAAGAAUUAUAAUUCACCUAUAUUUUACGCUACAAGAAAUAAUCGUAGAGAAGUCAUUGAUAUUCUUUUAGGAAUGUUUCAGAAUGUUGAAUCUAUAGAAGCUUCCUGUGGGUUAACCCUGUUGCACGAAGCUGCCAAACAGGGGUUCAUUGGUUUAGUCGAACUCUUUCUUCUAAAAGGAGCGAGGAUCAAUGCUAGUACUGACCAAGGUUUGACACCUUUACACACCGCUGCUUCCAAUGGUCACACAAACGUUGUUGAUGUAUUCAUUUUGAAUGGAGCCAACGUUAAUGCCGAGACAAUCCAUGGUUAUACCGCAGUACAUUAUGCGAUUGAAAAUGGGCACGGAACAGUGGUUGAAGUGCUCUUGGAGAACGGUGCUAAUGUCGAUGCUGUAGACAGCAUUUACAAGAAAGCACCUUUGCAUCGUGCUGUGAAUUAUGGAUUUAACAACAUCGUUCAGGUUUUGCUGAAACAUGGAGCACAGGCUGAUCUUCCUGAUUCGGAUGGAAUGACGCCUCUUCAUUUUGCUGCAGCAAAUGGUCAAUCGGAAAUAGUAAAAGAUCUUCUUGCAUGUAACGUUAACGUUGAUGCAAAUAAUUUAUAUAUACGUACUCCUUUACAUUUAGCAGUUGAAAAUAACCGCACGGAAAUUGUAGAAUGUUUAAUAAAGUACAACGCAAAUGUUGACGCUAAAGAUAUCGAAGGUUUAACGCCGUUGCACAUAGCUGCUUAUAAAGGCAAUGUUAACAUUUGUCAACUUCUGAUUGAGAAACACGCAGACGGGGACAAUACAGAUAUCUAUGGAUUUGUGCCUCUACAUAAGGCAGCUGCUAAUGGUAACACGGAAAUACUGGAUCUCCUUCUAAACUGCAAAGUUGAAAUCAAUGCUGUUAAUGAUAGUGGAGUGACGCCCUUACUUUUAGCUGUUUUUAAUGGUAAUAAAGACGCUGUCAAUUUUCUGAUGGAAAACAAAGCCGAAAUUAAUAUCCUAGGACAUUUUAAUGUAGUACCUUUGCUCAUUGCGUCCAUCUGUGGGGGCCACGUUGACAUUGUUCAAAUUUUGGUUCAAAAAACAGCUGACAAAUUAACACUGACUAAUGCAUUAUAUCUAGCUGUGAAUAAUGGUGACGAGCAAAUAUUAAAGGCUUUAAUUGAAAAUGGUGUUCUGUUAAAAGGACAGACGAACAGUGUUACACUUUUAAACAUGGCCGUUCAAUUUGGUCAAGAACACAUUGCUGAAUACUUAGUAGAAUAUGUAGUUGAAGAUGAUACAGAUGUUCACGAUGCUCUAAAUUUUUCCAUUCUACGAGGAUUUACAAAUACUGUGAGGCUAUUGAUUACUAGAUGCGAUGUAAAGAAUAAAUUUUCUGACAAUGUUACGUUUUUACAUAAUGCUGCUGCCGUAGGGCGCUUAGAUAUUGCUGAACUGUUAGUAGAAAAGGGGGCAGAUAUUCAUGCUCAAUCCGUUCAAAAUAAAACGCCGUUGUUCUCUGCCGCAGAAGCAGGACAUGAUGAUGUUGUUGCAUUUUUAGUAUCAAAAGGCGCCAAAGUGAAUUUUGAAACAAAUGCAGGUCUAACGCCAAUGCAUGCAGCUGCUGCUUACGGUUACAGCGACGUUGUAAAAGUUUUGCUGGAAAAUCAAGCAAAUGUUGCGAGCAAAAGUUACAAGAAUAGGACUGCAUUAGAGUUAGCAAUUGGACAUGGUCAUCUUCAUGUGGUGAAGACACUUUUGCAUAAUAAAAAUAUUGAUGUAGAUUUUAGGAGUAGUGACGACUGGACAAUUCUGCAUAUUGCUGCUCAAGCAUCAAACCCAGAAGUUCAACUAGAGAAGGACACAUUGAUACUGUAA